AUGUUCCGACAAGUAGCUGUGGCAGAACAAGACUGGGAUCUCCAACGGAUUUUCUGGCGAAAUAAUCCUAGUGAAGCUUUGCGGACCUAUCGAUUGGUCACCGUAACUUAUGGUACAAAACCAGCCUCGUUCAUGACAACGCAGUGCUUGGUAACGUUGGCACAACAAGCGUACGAACAUUUUCCCAGAGCUGCGGACGCGAUAACGAAGGAUUUUUAUAUGGAUGAUCUUAUGACGGGAGGUGAAACCGAAGCUGAAUGUAUUCAAUUGCACCAAGAGAUAACGUCAAUUCUAGCCUCAGCAAAAUUACCUCUAAGAAAGUGGUGUUCGAAUUCCUCUUACGUCUUGGGACAUAUUGGUAAAAAUGUCAGGGACCCCUUAUUCACCUUGGAAUUAGGAGAUGAAGAAAUGGUCAAGUCUCUCGGCUUAUGUUGGAACCCAGUACUUGAUGAGUUCAGGUUCAAUGUCAUACCAACUCCAGCACGAUCAAAAUUGACCAAAAGAACACUGCUAUCCGAUUUGAACAAGGUAUGGGCUUUGAAAAUUGAUUGGGAUAGUCCCUUGUCUUCAGACAUUCAUGAUCGGUGGAUGUCAUUCCAUAAGGAUUUAGAGAAACUGCAAAAUAUAUCCAUCCCAAGAAAGGUUCUACCAAAACCAAAUGAAUUCCAAAUACACGGAUUCUGUGAUGCGUCGCAAGAAGCCUAUGGGGCUUGCAUAUAUGUACGAUCGCACUGUUCUGAAAAUACGUGGCAGGUUCGACUGCUGUGUGCUAGGAGUCGUGUAGCGCCAAUAAAGGGUUCAACAAUUCCUCGUCUUGAACUGAAUGGUGCCUUGGUAUUAGCACAAUUACUCCAAAAGCUAACGGAUGCUUGGGAAAUUGAUCGUCAUAAGUGUCAUUUGUGGACAGAUUCCACUGUAGUUCUUAGUUGGUUAAAUGCACAAUCCAAUCGAUUAAAGGUGUACGUCAGCAAUCGCGUUAAUCAGAUCUUAGAGCUUACAAAUGCAUCGCAAUGGAAUUAUGUAAGAACAGAUAAGAACCCUGCUGAUAUGAUAUCUCGAGGUACUAAUGUAACGGAGAUAAGUGCUUCUAAACUUUGGUGGAAUGGACCUGAUUGGUUAGGCAUAUCAGACGAGUUGUGGGAAAAGGUCCCAAGAAAUAUAUUGAAGGAAGAAGAAAUACCUGAGCAACGCACAAUACAAUUUGCAUUAGUUGGAGUUCAAUCUAAUCAAGAGUUGGUCCAACAUUACUCCUCCUGGUCACGACUGAAGAGAGCAACAGCUUGGUUAAAAAGAUUUGUAGAAUAUUUGAGAACAAGAGGGGUACCAAGUGAAGUUUAUUUGUCUGUAAGAGAACUGCAAGCGGCCGAAGAAGGACUAAUCUUGGUUGGUGGACGUUUGAACAAUUCUGGGUUGUCAAUGUUACAAAGGCACCCGAUCGUGUUGCCCGCAAAUCAUAAGGUGACUCGGUUAAUAUUUGAACAAAUACAUUUAGAGCAAUUACAUUGUGGGCCUCAAGCUUUGCUUGCUGAGGUGAGACGAAGGUACUGGCCGUUAAGAAGUCGAGUGAUGGCUCGUUCCGUGGUAUCACGUUGCGUGAAAUGCACCCGAGCCAAACCAACAUUUAAUGCUCCCUUGAUGGCUCCAUUACCCAAGGAAAGGGUCCAAGUCGCACGACCGUUCGCUGUUACUGGGGUCGAUUUUGCUGGACCAAUCAUCAUAAGAAGCGGUAUAAGGCGAGUGAUAGGCGUGAAGGCCUGGAUAGCCGUUUUCGUAUGUUUUACCACAAGAGCAGUUCAUUUGGAGAUGGUGGAAGAUCUAUCGAGCCAAGCCUUCCUGGCAUCGUUGCGUCGAUUCACGGCGCGUAGAGGCUUAUGUUCAACAAUAUUUAGCGAUAACGGUACAAAUUUCGUUGGAGCAAGAAGAGAGCUGUACAUGCAUGUAAAGGCUGCUCAUCCACAGAUAGCCCAGAGAGGUAUUGAAUGGAGAUUAAACCCACCAUCAGCACCACAUUUCGGUGGCCUAUGGGAGAGUGCGGUUAAAAGUGCAAAACACCAUUUAACCCGUAUGAUGAGUGAUGCCAAGCUAACUAUUGGUGAAUUAUCAACACUAUUGUGCCAGAUAGAAGCUUGCCUUAACUCACGACCGCUGACCCCAAUGAGCAGCGACCCAUCUGACUUAGAGGUACUAACCCCAGCUCAUUUCCUUGUAGGCAGUCCUAUCUCGUUACCUUCUGAGGUCGACCUGAGACAGGAACCAUUGAAUAGUCUUAAAAGAUGGAAGUAUGUACAGGCGUUAAUGCAACAUUUUUGGCGAAGAUGGUCUAGCGAAUAUUUACCUCAGUUACAAAUUAGAGGAAAAUGGAGUAGUAAUAAAACUCCAUUAAAAAUUGGUGAUAUUGCUAUUAUAAGGGAUGAAAACACACCACCCACAAAAUGGAAACUGGGAAGAGUAGUUAACGUGCAUCCUGGUAAUGACGGGAUCAUAAGAGUAGUAACAAUGCGCCUCGGAUCCGGGGCAGAAUUGAAGCGUCCGACAGUCAAACUAUGCCGACUACCAACAGACAAGGACAUAAAUAUAGAUGCAGACGAAGAGGUAGUUGAAAAAUAA